CCACCGCGCCGCGCCCAACCCAGGGCCCGCGCCCGGUCACACCCGCUCUGCUCCCGCCCGGGUUCACGGGGCGCCUGCGGCGCGGGCUCCUGCUUCUCUCGGCGGAUGACGGGCGCGCGGAUCCGGAGAGGGGGCUCCGCGAGCGGCGGGACCACGCAGCCACCUGUGAGCCUUCCGCAGCUGCGGGCGGCGGCGGCUUGCCCGGCCCGAGACGGGAGGAGAAGCUCGGCGGCCCCCGCCCGCCGGCCCGCCGGGCGCACACUCGGGCGCACACACUCGCAUCCGCGCACGCACCGCCAGCAGGCAGCGGCCACCGCCGCGAUGCUCGCCCGCGGGUCGGGGAAGUUUCCCGCCGGCCUCGGCCGCGGGCGCCGGUGCUCCCAGGUGUAGCGCCCCCGCGCGGCGCGGGCUGCCGGUGCCUCCAGCAUGACCGGCCAGAGCCUGUGGGACGUGUCGGAGGCCAACGUCGAGGACGGGGAGAUCCGCAUCAACGUGGGCGGCUUCAAGAGGAGGCUGCGCUCGCACACGCUGCUGCGCUUCCCCGAGACGCGCCUGGGCCGCCUGCUGCUCUGCCACUCGCGCGAGGCCAUUCUGGAGCUCUGCGAUGACUACGACGACGUCCAGCGGGAGUUCUACUUUGACCGCAACCCUGAGCUCUUCCCCUACGUGCUGCAUUUCUAUCACACCGGCAAGCUUCACGUCAUGGCUGAGCUGUGCGUAUUCUCCUUCAGCCAGGAGAUCGAGUACUGGGGCAUCAACGAGUUCUUCAUUGACUCCUGCUGCAGCUACAGCUACCAUGGUCGCAAAGUGGAGCCCGAGCAGGAGAAGUGGGACGAGCAGAGUGACCAAGAGAGCACCACGUCUUCCUUCGAUGAGAUCCUUGCCUUCUACAACGACGCCUCCAAGUUCGAUGGGCAGCCCCUCGGCAACUUCCGCAGGCAGCUGUGGCUGGCCUUGGACAACCCUGGCUACUCAGUGCUGAGCAGGGUCUUCAGCAUCCUGUCUAUUCUGGUGGUGAUGGGGUCCAUCAUCACCAUGUGCCUCAAUAGCCUGCCUGACUUCCAAAUCCCUGAUAGCCAGGGCAACCCUGGCGAGGACCCUAGGUUCGAAAUCGUGGAGCACUUUGGCAUCGCCUGGUUCACAUUUGAGCUGGUGGCCAGGUUUGCUGUGGCCCCUGACUUCCUCAAGUUCUUCAAGAAUGCCCUAAACCUUAUUGACCUCAUGUCCAUCGUCCCCUUUUACAUAACUCUAGUGGUGAACCUGGUGGUGGAGAGCACACCUACCUUAGCCAACUUGGGCAGGGUGGCCCAGGUCCUGAGGUUGAUGCGGAUCUUCCGCAUCUUAAAGCUGGCCAGGCACUCCACGGGCCUCCGCUCCCUGGGGGCCACUUUGAAAUACAGCUACAAAGAAGUAGGGCUGCUCUUGCUCUACCUCUCCGUGGGGAUUUCCAUCUUCUCCGUGGUGGCCUACACCAUUGAAAAGGAGGAGAACGAGGGCCUGGCCACCAUCCCCGCGUGCUGGUGGUGGGCUACUGUCAGUAUGACCACAGUGGGGUACGGGGAUGUGGUCCCAGGGACCACGGCAGGGAAGCUGACUGCCUCUGCCUGCAUCUUGGCAGGCAUCCUCGUGGUGGUCCUGCCCAUCACCUUGAUCUUCAAUAAGUUCUCCCACUUUUACCGGCGCCAAAAGCAACUUGAGAGUGCCAUGCGCAGCUGUGACUUUGGAGAUGGAAUGAAGGAGGUCCCUUCAGUCAAUUUAAGGGACUAUUAUGCCCAUAAAGUUAAAUCCCUCAUGGCAAGCCUGACGAACAUGAGCAGGAGCUCACCAAGUGAACUCAGUUUAAAUGAUUCACUACAUUAGCUGGGAGGACUUGUCACCCUCCACCCCACAUUGCUGAGCUGCCUCUUGUGCCUCUGGCACAGCCAGGCACCUUAUGGUUAUGGUGUAAGGAGUAUGCCCAGCCCCUGAGGGGAGAGAUGCAUGGGAUAUGCACCCAGGUUUCUUUUACAGUAUUUAGAAUCGUUUUUAGAGGGUGGUGUGUCUGACACCAUGCCUUUGCACCUUUCCAUGAAAUGACACUCACUGGUCUUUGCAUCGUGGGCAUAAAAUGUUCACCUUUUUGCCAGAUGAGUACACCCAGAAUGCUAAUUUUUCUGUUCAUCGUGUACGCUAUUCUAGUGCUUGUGGCCCAGUACUGUCUAUGAGUUGUUGUGCUCCUGUUUCUGAGGUUGUCGUGUGAGUUCUGUACAAAAAGCCCCCACAAGUCUGUCCACUGGAAAUGCAUCUGUGAGGUCAGCAAGGAUAUCAUGAGAUUUUUGCUCACAGUCAUGUGAAAACAAAAUCUCAGCUCUUUAUUCAUUGCUUUCAUUUAGUUUUAAUACCAAAACAGAGAAUGCAAAGUUAAGCACACUUGACCAAUGCAAGUCUGUAUGUUGUUUUUAUAAAUGAUCUGUAGUUCCGUGGCUUGCAUGGGUGCACCUAUCAUCUUUAGAACGAUGUACACUGAUGUUCAUCUCAUAAAUGUCACUCUUUAGAGAAUGUUAGUUAAACAUGUAGCGAAGAUUGAAUUUUUUCCCUAAGGACAGAUGCGUUAGGCAGAGCGGCUUCAGCUAAAUAGUCGAGACCGUGGGGUGCUUAAAGCCAAGUCAGUGCAGGCUGAGCCCCUUGGUUCAUGGUCAAACCUCCGUGUUUCGUAGGGUGACUGUAGAGACAUGUAUUUCUGGAUGAGGUUUCUGAUGUAGACCAUUUGACCAAACUUUGCUGUGUCUAAGAUAUUAGCAUGUUUUGGAAAUAUUUAUUUUUUAAGAUGUUUAGGAGUAAGGUUGUGUUGUCUUCCUCAACUAAAAAGAAGUUUACUGUUGUAUCGUCUCCCUGAGGUGAACUUUGUUAGGUUGCUAGCAAGGGCAGUAGCUUACUUUUGUUGCUUGCUCUGAAAGCUCAUCAAAUGAGAGCCCUUUUAUUUCCAAGCAGAAUUUACUCAAAUAAUUUUGCUUCUGAGAUAUAGUAUGUUGUAUAUAUGUUGUGUUUUCCCUGGAGUUCCUGCCAUGACAUGGAAACCUGGUGGUAUGGAAGCAUGUACUCAAAAUAUAGAUGUGCAUGAAGGUGGUGUGGCUUACCCAGGGCGGAAAUGCUGCAGUUCUUACUUGCAUUCCAAUUGCCUUUCAUUGGGGGUGAGUGGGUAGAGGCCAGGAGAAAGGAAAGAGUUGUAAAAUAAAAAACUGCUAGUUCAUAAAA